AUGUGUGUAUGCCAGUGGGCUGUGUGCGUGUGUGUGGUGUGUGUGGCCGCGGCGCGGCGUGUGCGUGUCUCCGACGGGCUGGCCCUGGGCGGGGCGCAGCUGCAAUCGGGCGGCGCGGUGGCGGUGCGGUGCGGGCGUGGGCGGCGGGUGGGGCCAUCGGUGGGUCCGGGAGGCGGCGGGCGGGCGCGCGCGGGAGGCGGAGCCGGGGCCGGGGCGGCUGUCCAGAGCCAGCCGGGGAGCUGCAGCCGCGCGCCCGCACCGCACCGCUCCGCGCCUGUCCGCACCGCCGCGCCCCGCCCCCGCCCGGUGUCCCCGCUCGGCUCGUCCCGGCGCGCCCCGCAACCUCCGAAGGGAGGGCUCCGCGAGGCCGGGGCGGCGGGCGGGGCGCGCCCCGACCCGACCCGACCCGACCACGGCGUCCGCGUCCCCGGCCCCCCGGUCCCUCCGGGCCCUCGGGAACAUGCGGCGCGCGUGGAUCCUGCUGGCCCCUGGGCUUGGUGGGCCUGCGCGUCGGCCGAGUCGAGGGCAGAGCUGACAUCGGACAAGGACAUGUACCUGGACAACAGCUCCAUGGAAGAAGCUUCCGGAGCAUACCCCAUCGAUGACGAUGACUACGCUUCAGCCUCGGGCUCGGGAGCUGAGGAGGACAUGGAGACCCCAGAGCAGAUGACAUCACGGCCCCUCCCAAAGAUGCCCAUCACCAGUGCCAUGCCCAGAGUGGAGAGCCUGCCACCCAAGACACAGAGCAAGGUGCCUGCACACACACAGUCUCCUGAAGAAGUGGACAAAGAGGACAUUCCUGUCUCCGAGACAGAGAGGAAGAUAGACACAGCUGAGGAGGACACGAAUGUGUACACAGAGAAGCACUCGGACAAUCUGUUCAAACGUACAGAAGUCCUUGCAGCGGUGAUUGCAGGUGGAGUGAUCGGCUUUCUCUUUGCCAUUUUUCUCAUCCUGCUGUUGGUCUAUCGCAUGCGGAAGAAGGACGAAGGCAGUUACGACCUUGGCGAACGGAAACCCUCCAGCGCUGCCUACCAGAAGGCCCCCACCAAGGAGUUUUAUGCGUGAACCUGCCACUUCGUGUCUCUUGUUUCUGAGAUCACUGAACUUUUAAGAAAUAAAGCUUUUGCAUAGAAUAAUGAAGAUCUUUGGUUUUUCUGUUGUUGUUGUUUUUUUUUUUUUUCAUUUUCAUGUGCGUGCCACUUGGGUGCGCACACCCCUAAGAAAAAUCCUGUUGUAUUUAAAACUUUUUCAUGUAUUUCUUUAGAGCAACCUAAGAUUUUGAGGUAACAUCCGCUGUGUUUCUGUAAAUAGCAGUGGCAAAAUAUUCUGUUAUGAUGUGAUGUUCAUGGAAUCGGUUAAAGCUUUUACUGCGCAAGUAGAGAAAUUGUCUUGGAUGGCUGGAUUUGAAAGCUGUCUGGGUUAGCAUUGACUCAAAUUGACCUGACCUAUUGGUCUAAUUUUAUUAAUUCCCCCCAUGUCCCCCCCCUCUUAUCUGCUUUCCCCCUCUGAUCCCCUUAAACGCAAAACUCCAUAUGCCUUUUGUAACUGUUAAGGUGCAAUUUUUGUCUUGGAGAAUUCAGAGAAUGGUCAUUUGGUAUCUCUGUGAGUUUCAAAUCUGUCAACUUGAGCCUCUACUUUGUAUAAAUUUCUACGUGUUAAGACUAUCCAUUUUACAUUCACUUUGGUUUUGUUUUGUUUUCUUUGAUUCCCUGUUGCUUCGGGCAGAUUUGCAACAGCAAAUUAAUGUGUAAAAUUGGAUUAUUCCCACAAAACUAUUCAGUCGUAUCUGUCCAAUCAGAUCCUCUUUCCAGGAGGACAAGUUGCAAAUUACUGACAAGCCUCAGCAAACCCAAAAAUGUUAACAGUAUUUUGAGAAGUUGCUGCGAAUGCCCGUGGCCACUGUAUAUCUGUUCAUUUCUUGCCAUUUGAAAGUAGCAAUUGGGGUGGGGGUGUUUUGGGGGUGUUCUGUUCUUUAAAAAUGCAUUUAAGUUGUCAACGUCUUUUUAAGCCUUUGAAGUGCCUAUGAUUCUUAUGUAACUUGUCGAAGACUGGCGUUAAUGAGUCUAUAUAACAGUUUCAAAGAAGUUGGUAUUUUAUAAGCACAGACAAUUCUAAUAGUAACUUUUGUAGUCCUACCAAUAGACAUGAAUUGUUAUUUGGGAACCAAAAAAAAAAAAAAAAAACUACUGAAUAAAUCAUGUGGCCUCCUAUUGAAAAUGUCACUGUUAUAAAUUUUGUGCAUUUUCCAUCAGCCGUACACGUUCCCUUUGGUCAAGGACCGUCUGCUCAGGACGGACGUUGGGGGGUGUCGGAGCAUUGGCGCAGGACUCGGUAGAUCUAAACCAAAGAACUCUGUCACAGUACAGUAGAAGAGCAGAUGUGCUUGUGAACUAGCCAGAGGAAACUGGAAUGGAUUGUCCUGUGUGUCUGAGUAGAAGUAUGAGAAGGUUUCCAAGAGACUUCGAUGAUUGCAAGCUCACUAGGAUAAGGGAGCACAAUAGGGAGAGGGAUGCUUGCUUGCUUUGGCAAAUAACUUUCAGUGCUAUCAAUUCCAAAGAAUGGAAGGGGCCUCUCCUUACUUGGGUCUCUAAGGGUUAGUCUGCUGAGAGAUGAUUUGACCUUGGAGCACCUGCUUCAGAUCUGUCCUUGAUGCUAAACCACAGGACCUAAAGAAUAGGUCACAUGCCUUGUCUGCAUGCCAGGGGGUGGAUGGGGGUCAAGCUGCCUUGCUCCCUUCCUGAGACAAACUUGGCUGUCUUCCAUCAAGGAUGGAAGAAUGAAGGUGAUUAGCGCCUUCCUUCUGCAGAAUAUUUCUUUUUUCUGCUUAGCCAUUCAUUCGAUGUCCGACCAUGAGCCACCGAGUCAGACAGCAGGACUCAGUAAUCUUUGUGUGUGGUUUGCUUUCUAUAAAAUAGGGAUGCUUUAUUUCAGUAGCAGUCCCUGGAAUGGUCAGAGAACGCCUUCAAAACAAAACAUUUUUAGCAACACACAGGCAGUGUUUUUUGCUUCAAUUCUGAAUGGCCGUAAACUCCUGGCCCAUCGCUUAGGAGUCCAUCUGCUUUGAGGGAUUGAAAAGAAAAUACCAGCUCCCAACCUCCCCUCUCCUGUUUGUCUGUAGCUAGAGAGGCUAAGUGCAUGGUGGGGAUGGAGAUUUCAGCUUCCAACUGUGCAAUGCGGAGCAAAUUCAGUGUGGAGAGUUAACAACUGCUGGAAUUUCUGUGCCAGGAAAAGAACAUUUCUGGCAAAUAUUUUGUCACUGCUGUAAAGCAAAAUAUUUGUUCAAGUGCCAAAAUAAAGUCUGUCUUGCUGAAAGUAAAACCUUAUUGUAUAGACUGGCAUCCACUUUUCUUCAACUGUAUGCUUUUCUGCUUCGUUUUUACAUUCUUUUCUUUGAAAGAUGCAGUAAACAACGCUUUAAAAAAAGUGUUAGUGACGACUGAGUUCAGGAGAAUUUUCAGUCAAAUAUAAAUAUGAAAGCUGAUGUGAAAACUUACUGUUUCUGUAA